GCGACGAUCGAUUCUCUCGGCUUGCCUUUCCACACCACCCCCCCCCUUCCCGGUCACACGCACCAUCCCAAUCCCGAUCCCGCUGCCAGGGGAUGUAGGAGGACGCGCGGCCGCAGGUACCCGGGCAGCGCCGCCGCCACGUCCCCCGGCACGCCGCCUACCGCCUGCUAGGGCGGGCGCAGCCGCCGCGGCCGCGUGGCUUCAGGCGCUCCUCGGGGACACCGGGACGGGGCACCGCCGCUCCCUGUGCGCCCCAGCCCGGCCCCGCCUCGCUCUCCGUGCCUUUACUGUGUGCCUUCCCGCGCCCCGGGGCCAUGGAGCACGCGUUCACGCCGCUGGAAUGCCUCCUGCCCGCCGGAAACCUGAAGUUUUGCCUUCUGAUUCUGAACCAGCCUUUAAACAAAGGUCAUUUCCAUUGUCUGUGGAGCAAAGCUGCCCUGAGAGCUUGUGCUGAUGGAGGUGCCAAUCGUCUCUACCACAUCACGGAAGGGAGCCAGGAACGCUUUUUGCCUGAUUACAUCAGUGGUGAUUUUGAUUCCAUUCAGCCUGAAGUCAAGGAGUUCUACAAGGUCAAGGGAUGUGAGUUAAUUGAGACCAUGGAUCAGGACCUCACAGAUUUCACCAAGUGUCUUCAGAUACUCCAGAAAAAGAUAGAGAAGAAGGGCCUCCAGAUUGAUGUGAUUGUGACUUUGGGUGGACUUGGAGGACGCUUUGACCAAACAAUGGCAUCAGUGGAAACGCUUUUUCAUGCAACAAAUAUCACUCCCUUUCCAGUCAUAGUUAUCCAGGAGUGCUCACUGAUUUACCUGCUUCAACCUGGCAAGCACAAGCUGCGUGUGGACACAGGACUGGAAGGCACCUGGUGUGGCCUCAUCCCCAUUGGGAACUCCUGCGAGAGCGUGACCACGACAGGCCUGAAGUGGAACCUCACUAACCAGGUGCUGAAGUUUGGGACUCUCGUCAGUACUUCCAACACCUAUGAUGGCUCUGGGAUUGUGACUGUCGACACAGACAAACCUUUGCUGUGGACAAUGGCUAUCAAAAGAUAAGAUCAGCUACAGCUGCCUUUUCUGAUCCAACACAACUCCAAUUACUGCAAAAUUUUACUGAAUUAAGACAGUAAAGCUGUUCCAAAAAAUAUAAGCAGGCACUGAUUUUAUGUAUCGAAUGGAAAACAAGUCUGAAAUAAAAGUUACUUGAGAUCCAAUCGAAACUA